UCGAUGACAUUUGGCAAGUUUCAAAAUGGCGUUCGGAUCAUAUCAGCUGAUAUUGAUUUAUAACAAUAUCCAUAAAAUGAGUAAUUUUAGGUAGUAAAAAAUUGCCAAAUGUCUGAUAUGACCCCUGGCACCGAGCGCUGGACCAUAUUUUGUGCAGCGCAGAAUCUUCCCGCAGUUUUAAAUGAUCCGAAUCGAGGAAAGCAAUCUAACUUCUUCACGAGAACAUGGGGCGAUACGUUUGUAGAAAAUACCAGUAUAGGAAAGUGCCCUUUUCUACCGGACAUCAACCAUUCUCACUUUGAAACCUAUCUUCGUAAAUACGGCCGUAGGCACCGAAGGCAUGUUAGACUUUCGCAAGCGAAACUCGAAGGCUUACGGCCAAGAAGCCGCAGUACUGAACUCGUUUCGACGGAGACCAACUUUGACAGUAUUCCCGUGGUGUUUUUAAAACCUUCGUUACCGUUAAAUGAUCCUAUGGUUUUCAAUACGAUAUUUACUAGCAUUACGACUUCAAAGGAUGCCAAAAGCCAGCAAAGUGGACGUUUGUUGCAGGAGCAGCUCAGCUAUUACCUUGAUUCGGUCGAAGAGCAAAUUGCGAUACAAGUAUCGCAGAAAUCGAGUGCCUUUUUUCACGCCAUGACUUCUCACGACACGAUCAUGGAGCAGAUGGGUACCGCUUGCAAGGCGGUUCGAGCUCUUCGAGCCAAAGUGCAAAACGUCGAUAGAAUGCUGGCGAAGGACUCGUUGAAGCUUGUCGGUCUCGCGAGAUCGCGGACAAAUCAUAUUUUAUUGCUAGACAAAUUGAAGCUUAUGGCAACUGUUUUGCAAACGCAGCCGACUUUGCAGUUAUUGUUAAGUUCGUCUGACUUUGUUGCAGCUUUGGAACUGAUUGCAAGCACUCAAGAGGUUUUAGCGAAGGAACUGGCAGGCGUGACGAGUUUGCGGCACUUGCCGUCUCAAUUAAAGGAAAUGUCGCGAUUGAUCGAUAAGAUGUUGAGUACCGAAUUUGAAAGGUACGCGGCUGCGGAUUUGCAUAGGCCUUUGAAUGCUUGCGUCGAAGUUUUGGAGCCGGAACGCUUGGUGAGCUUAGUUGCGGGAUUGUUACGACAGAGUCACCUACACUUCUUGGAGGUUUACAAGCAGGAGGCGAUAACCGCCGCUCAAACGGUUUUAAAACAGCUGGUAAUCGAGCAACUGGCGACCGUUGAGGACGAUAUGGAGCACUGUUUGACCGGAUCCGGAGAGGCACCUUUCACCUUGGAUUCGGCUCAGUGGCUCAAAGUUUUGGCACUCGCCAGUGAGGCGCUAGUAAAAUUAAUACGGCGAGUCCACGCUGUUCAUAAUGUCAUUUCGAAUACCGCCGACGUUAGUGCCGGCUUACUGGAAACCUCGGAGUUCGGCGAGCGGUUUCUCAGCUUAGAUGAGCACAAGCGCGUCAAGCUGAAAUUGGAAGAUCUGCUGUCGGCAGUCUGCGAUUACUGUCACGAAAGACUGGCAUCACUCGUUAGUACCCAAUCCGAUAGGCAACCAAUAAAUUCCGCGCAAAUUACAGAUUUAUCGGAUAUCGUGGAAGAUUUUACGGCAGUAUGCGAAGAAGUCUGCGGUCGUCAGAGUCCGGCGCUGCGAGCCGCCUUUAAAAUACAAGCUGGAAAUUAUGUACAUAAAUUUCAUAGUCAACGAAAGAGUAAGUUAACGUUACUAUUGGACGCCGAAAGGUGGAAGGUAGCUGAAGUUCCUCCCGAGUUUCAAGUUUUAGUCGAUAAACUUUCGUCAGAUAAACCAAUGAACUCCAUCCCGAGCAGUCCCGAGAACGGUGUCAUUGUUAACAACAGCAAAGCGGCCGGCGCACUGAAAAUUGGCUCACAAGAAUACGUGACUGUCGGAACCGUUCUAAUGUUAAUUCGUCUUGUUAGUGAAUACUGUGUUUGUGCUUACGAUCUUCCAGUUUUAGCCGCCGUUAUCGGACGAAAUUUGACCGAAUUAUUGAGGACGUUUAACUCGCGAUCUUGCCAGUUGGUUUUAGGCGCGGGCGCGUUGCGGACUGCCGGCCUCAACACGAUUACGAGUACAACUUUAGCUUUAACCUCGCGAGCUCUACAGCUCGUCCUGUGGCUGAUUCCUCAUAUACGCGCUCAUUUUAAGAAUAUUUCCAACGAGCUCUUAGUUAGUAUGGAUACUGUUGAACGUGACAUCGGGCACCACAUUCAGCAGCUCGAAACAAAAGUGUUGUCGAUUAUGAAUACGUUAUUAGGCGACCAAUUAAACGAGUGGGACGCGAAACCGCCAGUGCCAUCCAAAGCAUUUAGAAACGUGUCGAAGCAUUUAACGAAACUACACGAAGCUGUCAAACCAGUUCUACCAGACGAGCAGGUAUCCGACAUUUACGAAGUUAUACAUAAGAACUUUAAAGGGCGACUUCGUGACGAAAUAAUUAAGAUGAACAUUCAAAACAACGGAGGACCACAACACGGCGUCGUCACCUCGGAAAUAAUUUUCUAUUUGGAAACCAUGAAAACAUUAAAAGUACUGCCGGAUAAAUUCAUUUCCAACAAAGCUAUGGACGAUAUUUGGAAUAGGUAAUAUUAUACUAAGCUGCCCGAGCUUAUAUUGUUAUCGUUGCAUACUAUUUGUGAGAUUAUUAAAGCGCAACCCUAAAAUCAAAUAAUUAUUGUGAAUAAGUGAUAAAUUGUGAAAUGAGUAUUUAAGUAAAUAACGGUAUUAUAGUUUCAUGUUAUUGUAAUUAGGCAAUUCUUUAAAAUAAUGUAAGUAAUCCAUAAUUGUAGCAUUUUCAAUAUGUAAACGGGGCUUAGAAUAAAAUGUUAUUGUUUUUAUAUUUUAA